CGCGCGGCGCCCGUAUUCUGCCCUCUUGCUGUGCCAACCUCCUAGUCGCUUCUUCGCACUUUCAACACAAAAUGUCCGAUCACGAGGUUGAGACCUUCGAGAGCGCCGACGCCGGCGCCUCGCUGACCUACCCUCAGCAGGCCGGCACUGUGCGCAAGAACGGCUACCUUGUCAUCUCCGGCCACCCCUGCAAGGUGGUGGACGUGUCGACCUCGAAGACCGGCAAGCACGGCCACGCUAAGUGCAACUUCGUCGCCAUUGAUAUCUUCACUGGCAAGAAGUAUGAGGAGAUGACCCCCUCGUCGCACAACGUCGAUGUGCCCAACAUCUCCCGCAAGGAGUACACGGUGAUUGACAUCACCGAUGAGGGCAUUGUGUCCAUGAUGGAUGAGUCCGGCAACACCCGUGACGACAUGUUCCUGCCCACCGGCACUGAUGAGAGCGACAAGCUGGCUGAGAUCAUGAAGGAGCACUGGGCCAACGACAAGGAGAUGGCCGUGACCGUGGUGAAGGCUAUGGGCCAGGAGAUGAUCAACUCCGUCAAGGUCGUCAACGACAAGGCUGCCUAAGCUGGCUAGCCAUAUUGCCUGGCGGCUUGGACUUACGGGUCCUCUUCUGCCAGCUCAGCACCGCAGCACCAGGCAUUUGCGUUGCGCGGCGGCGGCGGAGCUCCUCGCAGCGCAGGCUGCGGGAGCUUUCACCAGCGGAGGAGGUGGGCAGUAGCAGCCGUCUACCACUCUUGUAGGCAGGAUGGAUUCGCAGCAGCAAUGAAGCGGAGGGUGUCGCUGUGGCGGUUGUGGCGCAGCACCGUUCACCGCACCCAGCUCGGGCUCUCUUUUUCCCCGAGAGGCUUUGGGCGCCCGACUGCAGGGCUGGUUGUGUGCAUGUGAAAUUGAUGAAACAGUGUGAGGUGGCCAACAGACAGGCGAUCUGCGAGUGUGUAGCAAAGAGAGGCAGUUCUGAGGGCGGACAUGGCCCCGUGCGCGUGACUGCGCCAAGGCUGGGGGCGCGGUCGCAGCGGGGCGCUUCACCCGGACUGACGUGACGGCCGCGCGCGUCUGCGGGGUGUUGCACGGACGUUUGACUUUAUUGACCGGAGUAGGAGGGCACACUCACCCGAGGACCCGCUGAACGGGCCGGGCGAUGCAGGACGUGGUUUGUAGGGACAGGUCUGGUGUGCUGGUUCUCUGCUCAGUCUUGUUGUCUCCCCCGCAGAGGGAGGGAGAGGAUGCGGAUAGGAGGCCUUCGUGUCGGGGGCCGCCGAUCGUGCCCAGGGUGUUAACUAUGGUAAAAGGCGCGGCCCGGUCUGACUACUUCGCAUCCGGACUAGCGAACCCUCAAAGCAACUUCUUUUAGUAGUUCUGCUGCACCCAGGUCGUGCGGUAUGAAUGCGUAACAGCAGGGACCUAG